UUUGCUUGGGCGGAGAUUCGAACCCAGGGCGCGCUUGGAGCUCUCAAGCCCUAGAUCAGCGAGCGCGAGCUGCCCAGGCGCGAGGACUCCCGCCGCGAUGUUGUCGAUGGAUGUGAACGAUUACAAGAAGAUUGGAAUUGGCCUCACUGGAUUCGGGGUGCUCUUCACGUUUCUGGGAUUGAUCUUCUUCUUCGACAAGGCCCUUCUGGCCAUGGGAAACAUCUUGUUCUUGUCCGGCGUUACUCUCACGAUUGGUCCCAAGUCGACGCUCUUCUUCUUCGCCAAGCGACGCAACUUCAAGGGCACGAUAUCUUUCCUGGUGGGAUUUGUCCUCGUCAUCCUCGGAUGGCCCGUGGUUGGAAUGAUCAUCGAAGCGUAUGGUUUUAUCAUCCUCUUCAGUGGCUUCCUCCCGACGGUGGUGGUCUUCUUGUAUAGAGUUCCAGUUCUUGGCUGGUUCUUCCAACAGCCCUUCUUCGUCUCGAUAUUCGAUCGCUUCCGCUCAAGAAGGGUGCCGGUAUAGAAAAGUCGGGAACUUUUGUCAUCGAUCGAGAUUUUGCCUCCUGAUAUCCCGACAUUCUGUAUAUAAAGUGGCUGAUGACAAUGGAGCUAAAUUGGCUGUACUCUUUGACAAGAAAUCCGAAUUUGCUGGCUCAAACCAUCCUGUUUAGAAUCGGAGAACAUCACUCUAGAGAAUAACAAUAAAACAGGAUCGAUCUUACCUUGGCA